AUGGCUGGAUCUCUGGUGUUGCGACUGCUGUUCGUCCUGCUUCCGCUGGCUGGUUUUUCCUCAGCGGCUACAAACGCUGUCUUGCAUCCUCAACUUGUCGCCCGGGUCGCUCCAGUGCCGAGUCUGCCAAUGCCACAGACCAUCAGUUCGACGCCUGGCUCCAUCAUUAACACGUGUACCAAGCCCGGAGUGGUGGCGCUUGCAUACGACGACGGACCCGGUAUAUACACCGAUCAACUGCUGGAUAUUCUCCGCCAGAACAGCAUCCAGGUGACAUUCUUUGUCAAUGGCAACAAUAACGAUGGUCCCAUUACCCAAGGUACCCUGCCAAAAACGCUCAAAAAUGCGCUCCUACAAGGGCAUCAAAUCGGCAGUCAUACCUGGUCCCACGCCGACCUAAACUCCCUGUCCAGAGAAGAGAGAUGGCAGGAAAUGGAAUCAUUGCAAGAAGCCUUGGCCAAUGUCACCGGAUUCGCGCCGACAUACAUGAGGCCACCGUACUUUUCCUGUACAGAUGAUUGCGUUCAGGACAUGACUGAUUUUGGCUUCCACGUCGUGACUGCGAAUCUCGAUACCAAGGAUUUUCUGGGGGAUUAUGAGGCGGCACGCAACACCUACAGUAAUGCAUUGGGUUCGGCCGACCCGACGACGUCGAGCUUCAUAGUACUUGUGCAUGACAUUCAUGAGAACACGGUCAACCCAUUCACCCAGUACAUGAUUGACGUGGCCCUCAGGUACGGCUACAAGUUUGUGACUGUAGGAGAAUGUCUAGGCGACCCCGAGAUCAACUGGUAUCACCAUACUGUCAGAACCGAGAAAAUUAGCGGAAAUACCACCGUCAAUGGAACCCGUGGUAGCACAUUGAACGUUGCUCACCACCCAUGGGGCUGGCAUCAGCAGCCAGACUGUUCAGGCGCGACUACUUUCUCUCCAGUCUAUGGUUUUCCGAUCUUGUGCGUGGGCUACUCAAUGCUUUGGGCUUUGGGAGGAGUAUAA